AUGAGUAGAUUUGACGCGGCUAAUACCAUGCCAUCUGAAUCCACGGAGUCACCUAAUGCGAAGAUGAUUCGCGAGUUGGAUCGGAAGUUAACUGACUUAGCUCAGCAGGUGUCGUUCAUGAACUUAAGUCCCGAUCAACAACGCAUGAGUCGUGCACUCUCACAGCCAAGUGUUUAUCAAGAUGCGCCGCAAAUGGCUCCUGCUUCAGCAAGAGCUGGAUAUGGUACGCUGCCACAUAAUGUCAACGCCCAGGCUGUUCCCAAUUAUGCACAACCAUACUCGCAGCAACAGGACUUUUACAACUACGCGCAGCCCCAGGGACAUUAUGCGCAGCCACAGCAGCUGCGCGCUAGUCUGUCUAAUGGCAUGCUGAACUAUCUACCUGGACAAGCGCCAUCAUACGGCGAAUACCCGACGGGCUUGGUUCAGCCUCCAAUGCAGCCGCCGCCUGGAUAUGCUCCUGAUCCGUACUCGUCUCAUCCCGGUUCGUACAUGCAACAACAAUCACAGCAGCUGAAUUAUCCCAUGAUGCAUCAGUCAGCCCAUGCCGCCACCGGCUUCUCACUUCAUCAACCUUCAACGGUUGGUAUCUCUAUGAUGGCUCCUCCUGCAUCUGCUUAUUCGUCCGUACAAGCUAUGCCACCGUCACUAGAUCAGCACAAUUCCUCACCCUCGUAUGCCCUUCAGCAACCGCCUCAACCUACUCAGCUGAUGUCAGCGGCUGGAAUGAUGAGCGCACAGCAGCAGCAGCAGCUCUAUCAGCAACAAUAUGCGCCUUACCAAAGCACACCACAGUUGGAAAAUCAACCUCCAUUGGAAUAUGAAUCUCAUGAGGGUGCGUCUACGUUCCGACUGCACAGCCAAGAUGCAUCGUCUAGCCGCAUCGAUCCACCACUAGAGAUCAAUCGUAAUUUGACUAAUUGGGGCAUGACAUAUCAGAAGGUAUCGCUUUAUAUGCUUUAAUG